AUGGAGAAGUUGUCGGCGAGCCUGUCGGAGAUCGCUUGGAGUCCGUUGGCGCUGCCGUUAGACGCGGUGGUCAGCAAGUUCCGUCUGCCCACACUGGUCCGUCUGGCUCACGGUGAGUGUGUGGAGGGCCUGUUGGAGGACGAUGUGGUGCUGCUGCACUCCUGUCGCCAGUGGACCACAGUGACGGCCCACAGCUUAGAGGAGGGACACUACGUCAUCGGGCCCAAGAUAGACAUCCCUCUGCAAUACCAGGGGAGGUUCAAGCUAUUGGAUGAAGACAGGGACGUCAGGGAUCCAGUCCAGUAUUUCUCCAGUGUGGAGGAAGUUGCUGGAGUCUUCCCUGAUCGAGUGUUUGUCAUGGAAACCAUCACUUUCAGCGUCAAGGUGGUGUCAGGAGAGUUCAGCGAGGACAGUGAGCCCUACAGCUUCACUCUGCAGGCAGGAGAUGAGCUGUCACUAAUGGGAAAGGCGGAGCUUCUCUGUGCCACACCAUCUAAGGAAAAGACAGGACUUAGUGCGCUCCUGAGACGCCUAGGAAAGACACCUCGAAGUAAAACUCCCUGCCUGGUGUGUAUGAACCAUCGUACCAAUCAGAGUGUCAGCCUGCCCUUUGCCUGUCGUGGACGCUUCUGCACACGCUCCCCUUUGGAGCAGGGCAUGCUGGGAGCCGAGCACACAGUGCGCAGCAUCAUCGAGAGGGUUCGCCUCCCCGUCAACGUGUCAGUGCCGUCGAGGCCACCACGUAAUCCCUAUGACCGGCACGCGGUACGGGAAGGCCACCGGUACAAACUCCUCAACAUCGUCAGCAAGACGGUGGUGCUGUGCUUGGUACUUCGCCGACAGGAAGUCUCGCCCUCUCACUUUCUGCUGCUGCGCUGCAUGCCCCGCUUCAGCGUGGCUGAGGCGUCCGUCCACACGGCGGCGCUGGAGAACCUGCUGCUCCGUCACGCCUUCGACCCUGAUGCCUACUCCCGUGCCGUUAGGGAAACCCGGCCCGAGCUGGAGUGUGUAACGGAGGAGUGUGUGAGCCCACGACGCUCCCGCAUGUGUGUGUCGGGUCAGGAUUCUUUGGCGCCAGCACUGCAGCGCCUUUCAUUGUGUGGCUAUGGGGGCGGGGUUACAGAUAGCCUGUCACAGCGCUGCAGGGACUCACUGGGGGAGCGGCUAGGGGAGGGGCCCGGCGAGGAGAGAGAGUAUGUGACUCCUGAGUGGCCCGAGGCUGAUAUGAGGACCAGUGAGGAAAUUCCUUACGAAGAGCUCUGGACCAAUCAGAAUGCAGAGGGCCUGGGGAAGGAGCCAAACCUCAUCUCCUUCCAUUCCUCCUCCUCAUUGGAUGGUUCCCUUGGCACCAUGGUGACAAGAGUGUCCACCCCACCACCUGUACCCCCAAAAUCAGAUGCUGUGAGAGAGGAAUGUCGCUUCUUGAUCGCCCCUCCCGUCCCCCCUCGCUGCUCUAAAGGAGGCUCCAUCUCCAGCCCAGCCCCCAGCCCACCUGUCCCUCCUCGCUUCCCCAAGACCUCCACCUCCCCCAGACCGAACCUCUCCUUCUACUCCUCUGGACUGCAGGACAGCUGCUCACCCUCUCCAGACACUUCCCUCUACUGUUACCCCUGCUCCUGGGCUGACUGUCCCGCACCUAACCCUGCCCAUUCCAGUCCUGAGCAAGUCCCUGCCCUCAUUGGAGACAGUACAGCCAAUCCUCAGCCAGCACAGGCCACGUGGGCGGAGCCAUGGGCAGACUCCUACACCUCUGGUCCUCGACUGAGGCCUCCCCCUCAGAGCCGAUUUGCUCCCUUUGGGGCACUGAACCCCUUCAACCGUCAAUCCCCUUGCCCUUCUCCCGAGCCCUCCUCUAAUACCACAACAGAUUCCUCCCGAGGUGCGGAAGGGGGUGGGACUUCCACAGGGAUCAUUGAAGGAUUGGCCCUGCCUACUGACCCCACCUGGCGCCCUCCUGCCGACCUCUCUGCGCUGUCUCUGGAGGAAGUUUCGGCCUGCCUGCGGUUCAUUGGGCUGUCGGAGGCGGCGGUGGGUGUGUUCCAGAGGGAGCGAAUCGAUGGAAGCCUCCUAGUGCAGCUGACUGAGGACAUCCUGUCACAUGACUUCCACCUGAGCCGACUGCACGUCACCAAGAUCACACAGUUCAUACAGGGCUGGAGGCCCAAAAUCUAACACACACACACACACACACACACAGUUGUCCAUCCUGAUAAUGUGCCUGCGCCUAUUGGCU